GCUUCCGGUUUCCGGGGAUGGAGGACCAAUGUCUUAGUGGGGCGAGGCCUUCAGGUGAGAGGAAGGAGUCGUCUGAGGGAGGGGCUUCUGGCCACCCGCUGCGAGUGCGGGAGUUCCAGGAGAGGAAGACUAAAGAAGAUUAACCAACCAAUUUUUGUAAUUUUAAAAACAUGGUCCGUGGGUCAGUGACCUUCAGGGAUGUGGCCAUCCACUUCUGCCGGGAAGAAUGGGAGUGCCUGGACCCUGUUCAGAGAGACUUGUACAGAGAGGUGAUGUUGGAGAACUACAGCAACCUCAUUGCAGUGGGAAGUACCAUUUCUAAGCCAGAUGUGAUUGCUUUCCUAGAGCAAGAGAAAGAGCCCUGGAUAGGUGUGAGGAAGGAAACAAGCAGGCGAUGCCCAGGUAUUUAUUUUAUUUGCCUUUUGUUUUUGGAACCUUGUGAAGAUUAUGGAGCUGAGGAAAUACCUCCAGAAAAUUAUACUUCUGAAAUAAAUUUAUCUAAACAGGGUAUAAAGCAAAUAAGUAACACUCUUGGCCUUAGGUUUUGCAGUUCUAGAAGUGACUCAAAACACAAUUUUGAGAGACUAAAUGAUGGAUCUCAAGAAGAAUAUAUCAAUCAAAAGAUACUCAGCUAUGAGAAACAAAAGCCUGCUUAUACCAACUAUAUUCUUACACACAAUCCUGAUAAACUAUAUAAAUCUAAGAAAUGUGGGAAAUCCUUUAGUUGUCACUCAAAUCUUAUUCAACAUCAGAGUAUUCAUACUGGAGAGAAACCCUAUGAAUGUAAGCAAUGCGGGAAGGCCUUUAGACUUCGUAUACAUCUUACGCAACAUCAGAAAUUUCAUACUGGUGAGAAAUCUUUUGAAUGCAAGAAAUGUGGGAAAAGCUUUAAUCGUAAUUCAAACCUCAGUCAGCAUCAGAAGACUCAUACUGGUGAGAGACCCUUUGUAUGUAAAGAGUGUGGGAAGGCAUUUAGAUUUCCUUACCGUCUUAUCGAACAUCACAGAAGUCAUACUGGUGAGAAACCCUUUGAAUGUAAGGAAUGUGGGAAAGCUUUUAGAGUUCACUUGCAACUUUUUCGACAUCAGAAAACUCAUACUGGUGAGAAAUCCUUUGUAUGUAAGGAAUGUGGGAAGGAAUUUAGAUAUCAUUACCUACUGAUUGAACAUCACAGAAUUCAUACUGGUGAAAAGCCCUAUAAAUGUAGAGAAUGUGGGAAAGGUUUUAAUCGUGGUUCAAACCUCAGCCAGCAUCAGAAAAUUCAUUCCAGUGAGAAACCCUUUGUAUGUAAGGAGUGUGGGCAGGGCUUUAAAUAUCAUCACCAAUAUGUCGAGCAUCAUAGAGUUCAUACUGGUGAGAAGACUUAUAAAUGUAAGGAAUGUGGGAAGGUCUUUAUUCUUCUGACACAGUUUGUCCAACAUCAGAACAUUCAUACUGGUAAGAAGCCAUUUGAAUGUAAGGAAUGUGGGAAAACCUUCACUUGUGGCUCAAAUCUUGCUCAACAUCAAAAUAUUCAUGCUGGUAUGAAACCAUAUGAAUGUAAGGAAUGUGGGAAAAGCUUUAAUCGUAGUUCAAAUCUCAGUCAGCAUCAGAAGACUCAUACUGGUGAGAAACCCUUUGUAUGUAAGGAAUGUGGAAGGGCAUUUAGGUAUCACUACCGUCUAAUCGAACAUCACAGAAGUCACACUGGUGAGAAACCUCUUGAAUGUAAGGAAUGUGGGAAAGCUUUUAGAGUUCACCUGCAACUUUCUCGACAUCAGAAAACACAUACUGGUGAGAAAUCCUUUGCAUGUAAAGAAUGUGGGAAGGAAUUUAAAUAUCAGUACCGACUUAUUGAACAUCACAGAAGUCAUACUGGUGAGAAACCCUUUGAAUGUAAAGAAUGUGGGAAGACUUUCAGACUUCAUCUACAACUUUCUCGACAUCAGAAAACUCAUACUGAUGAGAAAUCCUUUGUUUGUGAGGAAUGUGGGAAGACCUUUAGAUAUCAUUACCGACUGACUGAACAUCACAGAAGUCAUACUGGUGAGAAACCCUUUGAAUGUAAAGAAUGUGGGAAGACUUUUAGACUUCAUCUACAACUUUCUCGACAUCAGAAAACACAUACUGGUGAAAAAUCCUUUGUAUGUAAGGAAUGUGGGAAGGCAUUUAGAUAUCAUCACCGACUUAUUGAACAUCAUAGAAUUCAUACUGGUGAGAAACCCUAUAAAUGUAGGGAGUGUGGAAAGGGCUUUAAUCGUGCUUCAAACCUCAGUCAGCAUCAGAAAAUUCAUUCUGGUGAGAAACCCUUUGUAUGUGAGGAAUGCGGGCAGGGCUUUAAAUAUCAUCACCAAUGUGUUGAACAUCACAGAAUUCAUACUGGUGAAAAACCUUAUGAAUGUAAGGAAUGUGGGAAGACUUUUAGACUUCACCUACAACUUUCUCGACAUCAGAAGAUUCAUACUGGUGAGAAUCCCGUUGAAUAUAAGGAAUGCGAGACUCCUUCAGACAUCAGUACUAGCUUACUGAGUAUUGGGGAAUUUAUACUAGUAUGAAAUCCUAUGAAUGUGAAGGGAAAUUGUUUUGAUACUUCAUAUCUUAUUCAGUAUUAGAAUAUUCAUAUUAGAGAGAAGCUCUUUGAAUAUGAGAAGAGUGAACAGCUUUUAGUCUUCCCACACAGCUUAAUCAUUAUAAUACUCUACAGGUGAGAAACUGAAUGAAAGAAAUGGGAAUCCUUUAAUGUGUCAAACCUUGUUUAGCAUCAGAGUAUUCAUAUUGGUAUGAAAUCAUAUCUGUGGGAAAGGACUUAAUCAAACCUUGGCAUCAGAAAAUUGAUACUAGUGAAAAACGUAAGGAAUGUGGGAAAGCUUUUAGAUAUCAAAGACUUACUGAACAUCACAGACUUGAUACUGGUGAGAAUCCCUAUGAAUAUAAAGAAUGUGAGGAACCCUUUAGACUUUUUAUCAAUUCAUACAGGUCUGGGACCCUAUCAUUAAGAAUUUGGGAAAGUUAGGGGCUGGGGGUUUAGCUCAGAGGCAUAAGCGCCUGCCUUGCAAGCAGGUAGUUGUGAGUUCGAUCCCCGGUACCAAUAAAAAGAAAAAAAGACAAAAAAAAAAAAAAAAAAAUACGGGCAAGUUUACUGUAAAUACUUCGUUUUGUUGACACCAAAAAUUCGUAAUGUCACGAGUCCUAUAAAUUUAUAGAGUGGAGAAGCCUCUGAAAAAUUUACUUAUCUGAGAAUUCAUAUUGACAAGGAAUUCUAUGUAUAAAAGAACAUGGGAAGAACUUUCACCAUGGCCUGGGAUUCGCUCAAUAUCAGAGUAUACAUGUGGCUGAGAAACACCUUAAGUACAAGAAUGGGGAGUUCGUAAUUAAAUUUCAGGUCCAGAGUAGAUACUGUUGAAGAAGUCCUUAAAUGUGAGGAAUAUAACCAAUUUAGUCCUCCUAUUGUAUCUUAUUCCCCAUGAGAUAUAAUAGAUAUGGUAAUUUCAUAAUCUUAGGAAAACCUUCCAAAUACUACGCACUAUAGUAUAUUUGAACUAUAGAAAAGUUACUGGAAGAAAUGUUUAAAAAGCUUUAUCUGAAGCACAUUAGUUUUUUAAUUUAAUUUUUUUUUUUUUUUUUUUUGUCUUUGAGACAGGGUCUCGCUAUAUGGUUCAGGCUGGCUUGGGCUCACUUUGUAGUCCAGGCUGGUCUCAAACUUGCCACAAUCUACCUGCCUCAGCCUCCCAAGGGCUGGGAUUAUAGGAGUAUGCCACCAUGCCCAACUUCACCUCUACACGUGACAUUUAAACUAGAGGUUUAUUUUCUUUUUGAAUUAUUUGUAAAGUAAUAAUAUCUAGUAGUACAAUUAUUAUAAAUAUAGUACAUGUGAUUUUUUUGUAAGUGCAUAUCGUACAAAACAAUGGAUUUCACUGAGUUUCAUACAUGAAAAUGAAAUGCUUUGAUUGUAUCUACCUCAAUAUUACACUUUUUAAUUGCCCUCUCCCUUGUUCUUCUUUUCCCUAAUUGCCCCCCUUCAGAGAAAAUAUAUCCUUUGAGUUUAUUUUGCUUAACAAUGAUUUCUAGUUCCAUCAAUUUUUAUUCAAAUGACAUUUCAUUCUUUAUGGUUGCAUGGUGUGUGUUAAUCCACUGAUGGUCACUUAGGCUGCUUCAAGAAUUUGAUGCAGGGAAUAAUCCCAUGACAAACAUUGAUAUGUGGUAUCUCUUUUGGACGUUGACUUUAACUCCUUUGGGUAUAUACCAGGAGUUAUAUAGAUGCAACAUAUAAUAGUUCUAUUUUUAUUUCUAAGGAACUUCUAUACAGUUUUAUCUAGUGACUUUAUAUACUCAUCAUUGUUGUAUAGGAGCCCCACAUAGCAGUCCUCAGUAGUAUGUAUAUUUUGUUCUCUAGAUGAUAGCCAUUCUGACUAGAAAAUCAGUGUAGUUUUUUAUUUUCAUUUCCAUGCUGGCUAAAGAUGUUGAACUUUAAAAAUAUGUAUUCCUUCCCACUACUUUUGAGAUGUGUAGCUCAUUUGCUUAUUUAUUGAAUGGAUUACUUGUUCUUUUGGUGUUAAACUUUUUGGAUUCUUUAUGCAUCCUAGAUUUUGUAUCAGAACAGCUGCCAAGGACUUUCUUCCAUUUUGUAGGCUACUCUGUUACUCUGUUAAUUGUUUUCUUUGCUGUAAUGAAGCAGCUAAUGUGA